AUGAGUCGCUUCGUCCGAGCCAGCAACUACAGGCACGUCUAUGGCUCCCCCGCCAAGCGUGAACAGACGCACGAGAACGUCAAAGUCAGUACCUGCUCUCGCCAGCCCGCGUGCUCCAGCCUCCACUGCAGCCUCCAACGCGGCAACCGCACCGAGCUCAGCCUCAGGAGUCGGCGUGAAUGCACUGGGUGUGCUGCCCUGAUACUGACCCUUGGCUUUUGUCUCACAGAUCUCAGGUGAAUACACACAGUCUUGUCCCCACGGAGGUUCACUCGGUCCUAGCUGUCCAUGGCGAGAGUCGCGGCGACCGCCGACUGCCAAGUGUGACGAGCUGGGGUAGCAGCGACGACACCGAGGCAGCCGGCUCCCAUCAUCCCAUCAUCCCACCAUCCCGCCGUACUGACGCACCCACCCGCUCAUGAUCUCACCACAUAGCGAGUGCAUGGGACACCAACCUCGUCAGCGCUUCGGCCAAGUACCUCGCCGUGAACUGUAAGUCGUCUGAGCCCUACGCCACGUCUGUACCAAGCUCGGCGUCGUGCUGCCAGUGGACACUGCUCUUCGCAACCCGAUCAUUGAUUGUCCCGAUCAUUUACCUACUCAGACCAAAGUGGUGGGGGAGGUGCAUUCCUCGUGAUCCCACUCGAUGCGACAGGCAAGGUCAGUCGCCAGAGCGAGCGCCCCAAGUGGGGCCGCAGUCCCGUAAAUGUGCCCAAAGGCCCAAACUGACUCUCAUCCACACCGAACCCUUCUUUCAACCCCCAAAAAACAGCUCCCCGACCUGUUCCCUUUGUGCCGUGCGCACUCCGCACCCGUACUCGACACCGACUGGUCCCCCUUCAACGAUUCACUCGUCGCCUCGGCCGGCGAGGAUGGGCGAGUGGCCCUGACCCACGUCGACGAGCAGAUCCUUCGCGAUGCGCUCGCCGCUGACCCCGUCGUCAACGACCUCGAACCGACCGUCAAGUUCGUCGGCCACGGUCGAAAAGCCGGGCAUGUGCUCUGGCAUCCUACCGCGGACGGAAUCCUCGCCAGUGCUUCGACCGACGUCAAGGUGUGGGACGUCGAGCACCAAACGGCGGCCUACACGAGCGUCAGUCAUUCCGACAUGGUGCAGUCGAUUGACUGGGAUCAUCAGGGUACGGUCUUCGCGACGACCUGCAAGGACAAGAAGUUGAGGUUGUUCGACCCCCGUGCCGGGGCGGAGGCGAUCACGACCGUCGAUUCCCACUCGGGUAUCAAAGGCUCGAGGGUGUGCUGGAUGGGUUCGUUGGACCGCAUCGUCACGACCGGCUUCAGUCGAACGAGUGAUCGACAACUGUUCGUGUGGGACUCGAGGGACCUCAACAAGGGCCCCGUCAAGACGAUCAACAUUGAUCAGAGCUCGGGUACGAUCAUGCCCUUCUGGUGCGAAGGAAACAAGUGAGUGUCAAAUGCGAGGGUUUUGAGGUUGCCCAGGAAUAGUGGCUUACAACGUUUCUUUGUUUGACGAGCAGCGUCUUGUUCUUGGCUGGUAAAGGGGACGGAAAUGUCCGCUACUACGAGUGGGAUAAAGAUGACCUCUUCUUCCUGUGAGCCCCUUUCUCGUCUCGCCAUGGUGGACCUUUUACAUAGGUCGCUGACAGAGCUCUCUUCAUACUGUUUCAAACAGUACCGAAUACUCUUCACCCCAACCGCAACGCGGCAUGACCUUCCUCCCUCCGCGCGCGUUGAACCCGGCCGAACACGAGAUCGCGCGCGCGUUCAAAGCGACCGGAACGAUGAUCGAACCCAUCUCCUUCAUCGUGCCCCGUAAAUCGGACGCGUUCCAAUCGGACCUCUACCCACCCGCUCGAUCGAAUCAAGCCGCUCUUUCGGCGCAAGAAUGGCUCGGUGGGCAAACGAGCAAACCGAAUUUGGUGGAUUUGCAGAAUGGAAAGGCGCAGAAGGGUGGAGUGGGGGAGAAGAAGGUUUAUGCAGCGACGAGUUCGUCGGCGACACCCGUCAAGCAGGCUGAAUCGGUUAAAGUGACACCGGUCGCAACGCCUGUUACGGCACCUGUUGCGGCUCCUACCCCCGCUAAAGCACCUGAACGUGUUGUCGAACGAGCGGUGUCCCCUCCUGCACCUGCACCCGCUGCCCCGGCCCCCGCCCCGGCCCCAGUCGAAUCGAAAGCCAUCGACGAGACCAAGACCAACGGUGCCCCCAUCUCUUCCCCUACUCCCCCACGACGAACAAUAACAACAACAAGAACGAUGAAGAGUUACAAGAAUUGAAAGUGGAGAACGCGCGAUUGAGGGAUGAGUUGAGCGAACGCGAUACGAUGAUUCGCGAAUUGGAACUCAAGUUGGAGAGGAUCAAGGCCGCUUUCAAUUGA